GAUAUACACAUUCUAUACUUUCUCUCAUAAAUUUGAUACGACUAAAACUAUAUUGUCAAACUGACGAGUAUCAACAACGGAUGUCGCUCUAAUAAUAAUUCUGUUUAUAUACAUAAGGACAAUGUGUACAUUCGCAGAGGAGACUAGUUUGUCUUACAUUUGGGAUGCGAUGGGAGACCUAAGCGCUGUGCCGCAGAAGAAGAUCGUAGAUUAUCUCCUGGAGCGUUUGGAACGGGGUCAUAUUUACACAUGGGUCGGCACUCUCCUUUUGGCGAUCAAUCCCAGCGGCGAGAUUACCACCGAGGACAUUUACGAUCUCUCACAAGCUCACGAGUAUGACAAUAUAUGCGAUGUGAGCUGUAAGGAAGUGUCGCCUCACAUAUUCGCCGUGGCUGCCCGGGCGCACUACAGGAUAGUUCAGGGUCUCGGAAAACCCAGCCAGGUGAUAGUCCUAAAUGGAGAAACCGGAACAGGAAAGACCUUCAAUGCAUGGAAGGCGCUGGAAUUCCUGACCAGAAACUCACCCCCUGAAGCCCUCGAGACGCGAGAUGUAGUUUGUGGUAUCGUGCGGAGGAUUUCGGUCGCCUGCCGUUUGAUAUCGGCCUUCACAACUGCGCCCACUGAAAUAAACAAAGUUAGCUCGAGGCAUGUGCAACUCGUAUGGCUCGAGUACAAAAUGGGUAGCAUAUGCGGAGCAACGAUAUCCUCCUACCUCCUGGAAAGGGACAGAGUCACGAAGGGCUGCUGUAAUUUUCAGAUUUUUAAUCAGAUGAUGAGCGCGGUAGGAAAUGUAAUAUUCGCGGACUCCAAAUUGUCGAUGGAUACGCGAUACUUCAUGAUGAGCGACUUUCCGAAUGAGGAUUCUCCGAAAGUACAAGAGUUCUGCGACGAUUUCCGUGAGACUACAAGAGCGAUGGAUAUAUUAGGGUUUACAGUGAGUCAGAAGAAGGACGUUUUCUUCAUUCUCUCUCUGCUCAUUCACAUGAGUAACAUACAGUUUGUGGAGGAGGACGAUCGUUGCAAGAUCGAUACCAAUGAUCAACAAUCUAGAGAAGCCUUGAAGAACACAUGCAGGCUGGCUUGUAUCAAAGAAGAGGACAUCGCCGAAUUGCUCACAUCUACUUUAAUAAACCCUCAAAACACCCGGCGUCGACACACCGUCUGCCGACGUAAUCUCACCACGACAAAUGCCUGUCGCUACCGAUUGCACAGCAUCAUCCGCCAUUUGUACGAUCUUCUUUUCAGCUGGCUGAUCAACUUCGUAAACAAAAUCUUGUCCGCCCGUUUGUACAGCGAACGAUUGGGAAUAUUGGACAUCUUCGGAUUCGAAUGCUUUGAUUCAAACGGCAUCGAGCAACUUUGCAUUAAUUUUAUCAACGAAAGAUUGCAGCAAUAUUUCGUAGAAAACUAUCUGGUGUCCUGCCGGAACGAUCUGCAAAAAGAGGGUCUCAUCGACGAUCAGAAAUCGUUCCAAAUUGUGCAAUUGUACGAAGAUCGCAUAAGCACGAUCGAAAAAUAUUUGUUUACUGCCAUAAACGAUAUGUGUCUAUCGACUGUUUCGAACAGCUCGUCCACAUUAAUACGCCAAGUGAAUGCUAAAAACUGUCCUGCAACGAGACGAUUUUUAAACGUAAGGAAAGAAAAUUUUGUUAUACAGCAUUACUGUGGUACCGUACAAUAUUCCGCCUACGAUCUGCUUUCCAAGAAUACUGAUAAGAUUCCGGACGAGAUAACGAUAACAUUCAGCGUGAGUACGAACAAAUUUCUACAUUCGUUAAUUACCAAAAAUAAUCCAUCUCAAGUUAAUGGGAAAGCGAAGAAGCCUACGAUGCUUUCGAAGCUCCGAUGUAACGUGGACUUAUUAAUACAAGAAUUAAACAAAUGUGACACGCAUUACGUUCGCUGCAUUAAGCCACAGCGACUUAACAGCCAAGAGUGGGAUCGAGACAAUCUUCGCAAGCAAUUGGCUAAUACGGGUGUCCUUGAUGCGUUACCACUGGCCAGAUGUAAAUAUUCGAUUCAUUUCAUCUACUGGGAUUUCUUCAAACGCUACAGUAGAAAACGCACAGAAACCUGCAAUAAUUUACGUAUAGCUUGCAAAAACAUACUGGAGUCGUCCUCCCUGAACGACGAUAAUUCAUCGGUGCAUUACGGGAAACGUUUAAUCUUUUUAAAAGAAUCUAUAUUUCUGCGAUUAGAGGCGGCUAGGAGGCGAUACCGCGCCGAAUGUGUCUGGAAGAUCGAAAAUUUUUGGUUGAAAUAUAAGAAUUAUACGCAAUAUAUGGAAGAGAACAUAACUGAUGGUACUCGGGAAAUUGUUAGCACCAAUAUCCAAAAUGAAUUAAUUGAGGAAUCUCAAUCGGAACUCAAGACCGUCACGUCUAUUUCAGGAAUGAAUUGCUGUGCAAAACAGCACGAAUCGCAAAAUAUAAAAGAAACUUCAAAAAAUACGGAAAAUGAUACUCAAGCGAUCGUUAAAAAAAAUUCGCGCGAGCAAUCCCAAUUCGAGAGAUCCCUGUUAGAAUACGAACGUAUUAUACCAGUACAAGAUUGUCCACGUCUCAUGUCUGGAAACUAUUUAAAGAUACUAACAACAUUAGCAAAAAAAACUGCAUAUAUAUUGCAUUGGCUGGAUGGUGUGAAUAAAGCAAAUGACACAGAAGAAAAUAAACCAUCGAUAUUAGAACUGAUACGAGAAGAUUACAAUAACGAUCAAUCAGACAGUAGCAAUUGCUGCGAGGAUAUUCCAUUACAAAACCAUAAACCUUUAGAUGAUGAUAAGUUUCAUGUGCAAAAUAAACGUGAGGAGAAUCAUGGAUAUUAUAACAAGAAGGAAGAUUUGUAUAUUAUACAAUGUGGUACUUUUAAGCUAUUUUACAAAAAUGGAGUUUUGAGCCGACGACGUCCAGCAAGGCUACCAAUUAGAGUACAUACUCGACUCAGGUGUCUACCCAACUCACAUUAUUUGGUACAUACGGAGUUACCACAGGGUCUACAGGAUUGUCUUUAAAAAGAAUAUUUGUACAAAUAUAAUUCAUAAUAUUUAGGAGAGUCCCCCUGAACUCUCUUUGCGCUAAACACAUAUAUACAUACAAAUAAUUAUCUAAUUUAUAUUGAGGUAAACAAAAUUCAUUUAAUUUAAAAGAUUUACAUACAAACUUUCAAGAACUGUCUUCUUUUGUCUCGACUGACGUGAAGGAUAGGAAAUAGAUUCGCGUUAGAAAAUAAGAAAAGAUUAACGACAUGCUAGUAGAGACUGGCAUGUAAAAAUUAUUAAA